CCUAAGAUCGUUGACAUGAAAGUGGAGAUGAAUUUCUAUUGGUGCAUUUACUAUCAGGUAACGGGCUUCCCGAAACCUAACAGGACAUGGUACUUCAAUCACGAACCACUCACAGCUGGUUAUAUUAAAAAAAAUAAAAUGAUCGAUGAUCGAGAGCAUGCCAGGACUUCGAGGAAUACGUAUUUGGCUGAAGGCUGUUUAGAAGUAGAAAGAGAUUCCCAAAAGAAUGAAGGACUUUAUACAUUGAUCGCUAGCAAUCCAUUUGGACAAGUGAACCAUUCAAUAUAUGCCAGAUUCCAUAUAGAUCCAGUGCCGAUUGCUCAUCCGACAUAUGUACCUCAGGGUAGACCACCAGUGCCCAUUAUACCCGUGAUGAAAAAGGCAGACUCAGAUGAAAGAAACAAAACGUCCAUUUUGAUCUCUUCUCUGCUCACUACCAGUGUGAUUUUUGUGUUCCUCAUUAUCCUGGGGAUUGUGUGUGUCGUCCGAUGGAGGAAGUUCCGUAUGUCGCCAGACGUUCAGAAUGCGGGCGUUUCUCCUUUAUUUUUCCUGUGCUUCCUGAAGCGUAGGAGGAGUCGUUAUUUACGGGAAAGAAUUCCUUUGAAUCCGUCCCAGAUGGUAGAGAAUCCAAACUAUACCAAAGACCACAACAAAGACGUCGUUGUAGAGAUCCACCAUAUAGCAAGAGAAAAGAUCAGCUUCAUUCAGUCCCUAGGAGAAGGAGCAUUUGGCCGUGUGUAUCUGGGAACUGUUGAUUACCUGACACCUGAGGAGCCAACAACGCUAGUUGCCGUCAAAACUCUCAAAGACAACGUGGUGGAGGACACGAAGCUAGAUUUUGAAAGAGAAGCUGAGCUCUUGGCCAACUUGCAGCAUACCAAUAUUAUCAAAUUUUACGGUGUGUCGACGGAUGGUGAAGCUCUUAUGAUGAUUUUCGAGUACAUGGAGCAUGGUGAUCUCAACAAUUUUUUAAGAGAUCGAUCGCCAGAUAUUAUAAAGACAGAAAUAGAACUGAAGAAAUUACCACCAUUGACUACUUCUGAUUUGAUAUACAUCUCCUGUCAAGUAGCAGCAGGAAUGGAAUACCUUGCAAGCCAACAUUUUGUGCAUAGGGACCUGGCAACGAGGAAUUGCCUAGUUGGUGAAAAGAUGGUCGUCAAAAUCGGCGAUUUUGGCAUGUCUCGUGAUGUAUACAGUACAGAUUACUACAGGGUGGGAAGACAUAACAUGCUGCCUAUCAGAUGGAUGCCUCCAGAAAGUAUCCUAUACAGAAAAUUUACCACGGAAUCUGAUAUCUGGAGUUUUGGAGUAGUAUUGUGGGAAAUCUUUACCUUUGGAAAGCAGCCCUGGUAUGAACUUUCCAAUCACGAGGUGAUUCAGCAAGUGACAUCAAAUAAACUGCUUCCUGUUCCACCAAACUGCCCCGAUGAGAUAUAUGAUUUGAUGAAGGCCUGUUGGCAAACAAGACCACAAGACAGAAUGCCCAUCAAGAAUGUACGAUCACACUUGCAACAGUUAUGCUCGUCUGCGGACACAGAAUACUUAGAAGUAAUUGACUGACACAUGUUGAAAGGGCAUCUCUACAAGAGGCCUAUUAUAAUAUGCGAGACAGAAAUGGUGCAGAAUACGUACAUUGACGCUUGAAGAAAAAAGGGUGCUGACUGAAGUCGAUAUUCGACACUUUCAAUGUUUUUGUCAAAUUAUAUCAACUCGUGUGAUAAAGCUGCCAUUUUCAAUUAGCCUAAGCUAAUAUUCUAGUCAUGUAUUAAGCCGAUAACCAUAUCGGUGCACAAAAUGAUAUACUAACGUAUUUUAAAUCUGAUUUGUAUUGAAUUAGAAAUGUAUGAUAUUUGUCAUACAGAUUUUUAAAAAUCCAGUGAGAUGUAUCAUAUGGACUUUUCCAUAAAAUCGAUAGCUAAAGAGAAAAUUAACAUUUGAAUCAUAAUGUGUGUUUGUAAGAACAAAUGGAAAUUCUCUUACUAUAUAACUCAUGUGUGAUGUUGCGAAUGUACACGUUUUCGUUUAUUUCUAUCUUGAAAUUUGUGAAUUUAAAUAUCAUCAUGUGUCAUAUUUCGAAGUUUUUGGUAUUGAAAUAAUCUGACAUAUUACAUGCAUUUCAAAGUGUUGGAAACUAAUUCAUUUGCUUGGAUACUGUUCAAAAAGUCUGUGGAACAUGAUAUUUCUACUAUUUCUGCUUUCAGAAAAUUUGAAAGUGAAUGUUUUGCGCAGAAAUCUUUUGCUAUUGUGAUUAAAAACUUGAUUUAUAUGUCACUUGAGUCUCCAUCUCAAAAAUUAUGUUCUUUAUUUCUUCAUUUUGUGGUGACUGUUCGAAGAUGUGAAAGCAGUAAAAGUAAUCGUUAAUAAACAGAUUUUCGUCAAACAUUGAA